UCCCUGCGCAGCCGCCGUACCGCCGCCAUGGUGCUGGAGAAGAAGAGCUCCGCUCGCGUGGAGGCGGGGCAGAGGAGGGUUUUGGACGAGGCCACGAGGCAGCGACGUUUGACCCGACAACUCGAGGCUCUGGAGAAGGACAACUUCCAGGACGACCCUCUGUCGUCUCUUCCUCCUCCUGGACCCACCGCUCGACUGCCGGCCUUCAGCGAGACCGAGGAACCAGAGAAGAGGAGGAGGAAAACUCGUGGAGAUCAUUUCAAACAAAGGUUCAGGAAGAACUUCAGCGCCCUGCUGGAAGAAGAGAACCUGUCGGAGAGGGCGGAGCCUAACUACCUGUCGGCCGUGGCCCCGCCCUCCUCGCUGCCGCCCCGCUCCUUCUGCUGCGUCUGCGGUUUCCCGUCGCACUACACCUGCACCACCUGCGGAGGGCGAUACUGCUGCACCAAGUGUCUGCUCACACACCGAGAGACCAGGUGUCUGAAGUGGACUCUGUGAUUGGUUCUUCCUGUUCGUUUGUUCGGAGACGCUGCGACGUGAUUGGCUCCUGCCGCUGUCACUCACAUCUGGAGGCGGGCCUUACGUGUGACUGACAGGUGGCUCUGACCAAUCACAGGGGAGUGUGACUCUCAGAGGAAGGACAUGUCAAACACAGAAGUCAAUGAAACAGCAAAACCACCCUGCCCCCUAAACCCGCCCCCUGAACCCCUGACUCCGCCCCCUGACAUGGACCAAACAGCUGCAGCUUUUCUAUAGUGUAAAUAUAAACUGAGGAGCAUCGGUGGAAAAACUCGACUGUGAUACUCAAGUAAAUAUUAGAGUAAAAGUAUUAAAGUACCUGUUUGUAAAAGUACUUUGUGUGUCAGAUUUUGAGAUCGAAUAAAACUUAAUUUGUGUUUUUGAUACAGAA